UCCCCAGUGGCGCAGCGGGUUGAGCACAACACUGUGAAGCUGUCCGCAGCCUCUACAGCGGGGCUCGAUCCUGGCCAGCCGCAGAGAUACCUACAUGGAUCCAGUUGGAAUAUAAAGCAUGAACACCAGUUUCACAAAGAUUCAGAAAUGAAGUCAUCCUAACAUGAUGCCAUAAAGUCGGUCCUGAGAAAAGGGUGCCAGCAAUGCCUGGAUCACCUGUGGAAGUGAAGAUACAGUCAAGAUCCUCACCUCCCACCAUGCCACCCCUUCCACCAAUAAAUCCUGGAGGACCAAGGCCAGUGUCAUUUACUCCUACAGCAUUAAGCAAUGGCAUCAACCAUUCUCCUCCUACUCUGAAUGGCGCCCCAUCGCCACCACAGAGAUUCAGCAAUGGUCCUGCCUCUUCCACAUCAUCUGCACUAACAAAUCAACAAUUGCCAGCCACUUGUGGUGCUCGGCAGCUUAGCAAGUUGAAACGCUUCCUCACCACUCUGCAACAGUUUGGCAAUGACAUCUCACCUGAGAUUGGGGAGAAAGUUCGGACUCUUGUUCUCGCACUAGUGAAUUCAACAGUAACAAUUGAAGAAUUCCAUUGUAAGCUCCAGGAAGCUACAAAUUUUCCUCUUCGUCCUUUUGUGAUUCCAUUCCUCAAGGCCAACCUGCCCCUGCUGCAGCGAGAACUGCUGCACUGUGCUCGUGCCGCCAAGCAGACCCCAUCCCAGUACCUGGCACAGCAUGAGCACCUUCUGCUCAACACAAGUAUUGCUUCACCUGCUGACUCUUCUGAGCUUCUCAUGGAAGUGCAUGGAAAUGGCAAGAGGCCCAGUCCAGAGAGGAGGGAAGAGAGUGGUUUUGAAAGAGAUGCAAUUCCUCCUGAGCCCCCAGCCAAGAGAGUAUGUACCAUCAGCCCUGCUCCCCGGCACAGUCCUGCCCUCACUGUACCACUCAUGAAUCCUGGGGGCCAAUUCCAUCCUACUCCUCCACCUCUUCAACACUACACCUUAGAAGAUAUUGCAACUUCCCACCUGUAUCGUGAACCCAGCAAGAUGCUAGAACAUCGAGAAGUUCGUGAUAGACACCACAAUCUUAGCCUAAAUGGAGGUUAUCAAGAUGAGUUGGUAGACCACCGUUUGACAGAAAGGGAAUGGGCUGAUGAAUGGAAACAUCUUGAUCAUGCCCUGAACUGCAUUAUGGAAAUGGUAGAGAAGACAAGGCGCUCCAUGGCAGUUCUGCGGCGCUGUCAGGAAUCUGAUCGUGAAGAACUUAACUACUGGAAAAGGCGCUAUAAUGAAAACACAGACAUGAGGAAGACGGGGAGUGAGCUGGUCUCCAGGCAGCACAGCCCUGGGAAUGCAGAUUCUCUCAGCAGCGAUUCUCAGCGGGAAUUCAGCAGCAGACCAGGAGCAGGAUAUGUUCCUGUGGAGUUUUGGAAGAAAACUGAAGAAGCUGUGAAUAAGGUGAAAAUUCAGGCUAUGUCAGAAGUACAGAAAGCUGUUGCCGAGGCAGAGCAAAAAGCCUUUGAAGUGAUUGCAACAGAGAGAGCUCGGAUGGAGCAGACCAUAGCAGAUGUCAAACGGCAAGCUGCAGAGGAUGCCUUCCUCGUCAUCAAUGAGCAGGAGGAGUCAACAGAGAACUGCUGGAACUGUGGCCGCAAAGCCAGUGAGACCUGCAGUGGCUGCAAUAUCGCACGAUACUGUGGCUCUUUCUGCCAGCACAAGGACUGGGAGCGACACCACCGUCUCUGUGGCCAGAACCUACAUGGCCAGAGUCCCCACAGCCAGAGUCGGCCACUGCUUCCUGGAGGGAGGGGUACCUCAGCCAGGUCCACCGACUGCAAUGUGCCAAGCCCAGCCCUGGACAAGACCUCGGCAACCACUUCCCGUUCUUCAACACCUGCCUCUGUGACAGCCAUCGACACCAAUGGACUCUGAGCCCCAGACUCACUUUACCCUGACGACCUUGCAGCAUGACAAAACACUGCACAGGAGGCUGGUGUUUGAACCUGUGCAAAUAGCUCUUGGGUCAUCAGCAGGAAAUGUAAUAGAGGCAGGAGUGCAAGCCCAGCAGACUCUGCUCCCAAACCUCUUUAGACUUUUGGCCCAGUUCCCUUGGGGAACUAGUGUGCCAUUCUCUGCAGAGGCAGCUGGCCGGAGCUGCCUCCUCCAUGGCUUCCCAGUUUAUUCCUCUCCCAGCUGGAACUGGCAUGACUGGCCCCUUUUCAGUAUAGACCACCAGCUCCCCUCCCUGCCUCUUGAGGCAGCCGACUGUUGAAUGUGCCCAGCCAGGCUGGAGGCAGCUGGUCCUGGGCACUGUCCUCUAGUCCACUGUCCUCCCACAGCAGAAGCCUGGAGCUGGUAGCAACUGUGGAGGAAACCACCCUCUGAUAAGAAGUGGCUCUUCUCCCUGCCACACAGCUCCUUGUGCCCCAUUUCCAACCUCAGCAAAUGCCAUUGAUUCCCCAUCAGGAGUUGGGCAGGCAAAAAGCAGCUCUCAGGACUCCCUCCUCAACCCUGCUGUUCAGACUUGUUACGAUUCUUUGAAACCACAGGAAAGAAGUCACCGUUUCAGUACAAGCACCCCUAAUAAUAAAAAAUAUAAAUAGAACUUCCAGCAAGCAUCACAGAUCAUUUUGGACAAGACUUCCCGACCUGGGUGGCUACUUUAGUUUAGGAUCUGUUUUUUUCUCUCUUACUUUGCUUGUGCAAAAAAAAUAAGUUUCCAGCGCAUGGAUUGGUCUUCUAGGGAAUGAGACUCAAUUGUGGAUAGUCUCUUCUCACUGAGCAUGUUGGCCAAACUAGUACGUCAAAUUACUGACUGGAUCAUCUUUUGGAAAUACAGAUACAUUUGUCACCGCUUGGCCGUUUGCACAGUCAUCUCGUUCUGUCCUUUUAUCUCAGACCACGCAUGUCUGGAUCGCUGUGGGUCUCCUUCCCGUGGUCUCCAUUUGGUGCCUCUUAAGCUACGAUUAUCCCAUAGGAUGUGAUAAUGGUGUGGCUGGAACUUGCCUCACCAUCAAGGCCUGGUCACAUCUGAGCUGCCCUCCUGGACCUGAAGGAAUUCUUCAAACCCCACGGUUCCAUGUCAUUAUAUAUACUACAUCAGCUUAUUAUCAGGCAUAUAAUAUCAAUUUCCCUUUUUUUGUUAUGUUUGAUACUUUCCCUCUCUGAGCUAAGAAACGUUCUGUGAAAUGUGACAACCAUUCUGAGAGAACCUGACCAAUUUUUCUUCCCAACUUCAGGGAGUUUUCUAGCUGCUUACCUGGCUCUGCAGACAUGACAUCACCUUUUAAAAUGUUUGGAACUGCCAACACCUGUUGGAAGCCCAAGGACCCUGACCCUCCUCUCUUUACCUCCAAGCCUCCAGCACCUUCUCUCCCCAAGGAAUCGGUUGGAGUGAGUUGGUUGGCCCAGCUUCACAUGGCCACCUUAUAUGCACUGACCAGACAGAAAUAAAAGCUCUCAGUCCCAUAAAGGAAAGGGAUCAGCAUAGGUAGCAUUGUUCUUGCAUAUAGGUCUAUUUUACUUUAAGAAAUUUAAGUCCCUACUUUACCUUACCCAAGGAUUUUCUGUGUUACAAAGAAACUCAAUACAAGGCACCAUUAAAAUACCUGGAUUUCCACUGCAUAUGGUAAGGGACACCCAGAGAUAAAAGAACAGAGUCACGUUCCUCUACUGUGGAACUCCUUAAACUGCAGCAGCCGGUGGGGUGUUGCUACUUUAACAGGAUGAACUCAGCACACCAGACAGGGCCUGCCUACAUUUCUGUAAGAUGUGGGAUGUCCCAGCCUAGGUAAGUGAAAUUUCAAGCCAGUAGGCUAAGAGUUGCCCAAUGUCCUGUUUAAACAGGUGGACUGAAUCUAGGACUGAAUUGCCUAACAUGUUUGAACAGGUGGACCAAAUCAUGGACUGGCGGGUCCUGCCUCAACAUCCUGUUCAAACACCUUGGCCCACCAGACUGACCAGAGGCGCUGUGCCUAGACAAAAGGUGCUAUUUCCUGACUAAUGAUUGUUUCACAAUUUUCCUGGAAGAGGGAGGGUCCGGAAUGCACAGUAAAAAUCCUAACUGAAGUCUCAUUAGCAUGCUAACACGCACACACCCCUGGGUGGAGACUUCAAAUGUUAAUGAAACAUGCUAUGUAUGGAGCAUGCAUGCCCCAGUAUAGCCCAACCCAGAACAUGCUAUGGCUCCCCUCAGCCCCGCCUUGGUAGUCCCACCCCUUAAAAACCUCUCCUUCGCUUCCCUGGUGAAGCCAGGCUAAAAAAGUUUUCUCUUUUGGUCCUGCCUCCUUUGUGCUCAAGUACAAGUUUCCAAUAAAUCUUGCCUAGUCUAGCUGGGACAAAAAAGAUGUGGGGUAUCCCAUGAAGAUGUCAGGGAACCUAUAAAUCAUAUAUAACAAGAGGGUCUCUCAUUGUCCUUGACUCACUGUCUUAAUCCGCAAGUUGAAUGAACAUCUAGGCAGGUUUUUUAAAUCUUUGUAGUGGCCACAAGACUAGCCAGAGUAGCUCAUGUUUUUCCUGGUUGGAAUAGAGUCAAAACCCACAAAGUACUAUUUCUUGUGGCUCCAUGUCAGUUUCCUCAGCUGAGUCUUAGUGUGCAGGUCCCGGUCUACUUGGGGACUUUAGUUCCAGUGACAGCUUAGUUUGCGGAGCCUGGAGUGCUGCCCUAGACUUCUCCAUUCAUGUGCUACCCAGAGGCCAAGCUGAAAUUCUGGACAGUAUUCCGCACUAUAGUUCGGUUCUCAGACCUUCAACUGUCAUUUUAGCCACUUCCACACAUAAGUUGCUAGGACAUCUGACGCUAUUUGGAUAGAAGAAGUCCCUCCUUAGGCUCCCUCUCUGAAAUUCUCCAGCUCUCAGAUUGGGAGGACAUGAGGCAAUAUCUAGGGCAGAGUCAUGGCUGGAGGUGCAGGGGUGAGUCCAGGUUCUCCACUUGGUUUCCACUGUCUGCUGGCACCACCCCAGCUACCAGGUUGGAGGUGCAAGUUCAGAUUCCCCACUUUCAUCUAGUGUAAGAUACAUUUAAAGUGUCUUAAUAUAAUCAGACUGCAGAAGGACUGACCUUCAUAAUAUGGGGGAGGACAUAAAAGACAAUGGGGCUUGGGUGAUGGUGCUGAAGGCAUUAUCUGUGGUCACGGCGCGUCUGUGUUCUAGAAACUAAAAGCCCAUGUGGCGAGGGCCGCACCCACCAGAGCACGCCUGGAGGAUGAAGUCUCAGCUCACCAUCACCCACUGACGGUGAUAGGACCUCGUCGUCCUGUGCCCAGUGGGGAAUGACUUCAGCAACCACAGAAACCAAAAGUGCCAAAAGGGGAGCCAUCUCUAAGUGUGCGGGCUGCUGGAGGGCAGGACCUCAAAGUCUUUAGUGACCCACUGCCUGUGCCUGCCUGACUCCAUUGGGUGGUGAAAACUGGCUCAGGAAGAAGUAAGUUAAUUCCUUCUGCUCAGGAAUAGGUGGCCCACCUUGUGAGAGUGAGUACUCCAUCGUGGAGGGUCCCGCCACCCCAGGGGAGGGGCUCAAGCAGAUCUGCUCAGGCGCAGUCACCCGGCCCAGAGGUCAGAGAGAGUGGAUCUUUUCUUGGGCCAUGCCGAGUCACACUAUCCCAGCGGGCGUCAGUCUGGACACAGCACACUUCCUUUGCACGGGGCUGUGCCCAGCAAUGGCUGCUGCCCUCUGGGCCGGGUGGUCUACCAGGAACUAGUGACUUCUUGGUGUCAACAUGAGAAUCUGUAACUUCUAGAGAGAAAAUCUACCCUUUUCCUUGGACAGUCCGCCCCAAAGUGAAUUGUUCCCCACACUAUCAUUGCUUGCAAAAUGGUGUAGAUGUUGUUCUGAAUAGUUCCACAAGACAACUCCACAAGUGGCUUUGAAGGUUCAGCAACACAGUUGGAAUUGUAUGGUAGUGAAUUCUUUGGAAUGAAAGCAUAAAUAAUGCCUAGGUGACCAUUUGUCCUGGAAACUGUAGAAGGGGUUAUGGAUUGAAUAAAUCAUUUAAAAUUAAACACAUUUUGGAGGAUUUCCUCAGAACUGGUUCCCAGGUUCUUGGGUCAGUAGACCAAACCAAUUUUCUUGGGUUUUUGUUUGUUUGCAGAGAACUAGGUGGUGGCAUGUUUGAACCAAAUGUAACAAGAGCCAGAGGGCCCUGGACUGGUCCCGCAUGGGCCAGCUUUCUGGAAUCCUUCCGGGUGGGGUGAGGGAGGCGCAGACAAACUGCCAAAUAGGGCCCCUCCAACACUUGAGUGUAGUUCUUACGAAACCAAAAUGUUGACUGCCUGCCUCUGCCCACGUGCGUUGACGUGCUUAUUUCCAAAGAUGAUGGUGUAGGCAGCCUUUUCCAUCGUGAACCAGGAGGUUAGGAGGUGAGGGUGGGCCUUAAGUCCCGUCUCCCCCUCCACAGUCCCAGAGAUGGAACUUCCCCUGCAGACACAUCUGGUCAGGUCUAUAACUGCCCAGUGCACACACAUUGAUGCUUAUACCAAAUAGGGCGUGUGUGGCUGGCAGAGAAGCCCCCUCCCUGCCUUGAAAGUAAUUGGCAGAGAGAAGCAGCAAUAAGCAGCUGGUGAAUGGUUGAAAGUGCUGUUUGGCUGAGAGGCCUUCGGUCCACUUUCCUGGCUUCCCAAGUUCCUGAUGAAGUUACAAAUGCUCCAUCCAUAAGAAAGCCAAUAAUGUAAAUAAACUGAAAACCGCCUCCAAGCGUGGUUUUAAAGGGGGUGAUGAAUGUGAAGCCACCCACAGGAUGCGUAGUCUGGUUUUUCUGUGCUUUAUCAUUUUACUCUGAUAGGAACUUUUGUUACUUAACUCUGUGCAUAACUUAUUUAAUGUACUGUAUAAAUGAACCAAAACUGUUAAAUAUGUAUUUAGUUUGUUCUACUUAGUCAAUAAAAAGGCUAUAUUCCUUUUCUGACUCA